GUGUCACAAUGUCCUUAACAGGCACCGCCAUCUUAAAGCCCCUACUGCAGGUUGGGCAUUGAAUGGGUUGGCAGUAAUACCAAGCUGAGGACAAUUAAAGAGUCUCUUUUAUUAAGUAAAUGUAUGUGCACCCUCACCAGAUGCCGUCAUGCCCCUCCAUAGAGACCACAGGCUGUGACAUUCAGGAGGCUCCCUGCCCCCAGGAGCUGGCACAGUAGGACACAUUGCACUAUGGAGGUGCCCCGGGGACCCACCCUGUCCUGGCUGAGGAGUGAGCUGUCAGAGAUGCGUAUUCAGGACCAGAGACUGCUGGCACAGCUGAGGGACCUACAUGCAGGGAUCCAGGAGUACAGACUCGAAUCUACAUUCUGGUUAAAUGUGCGCCCUAUUCAGGAGUCACAUGGGUUCAGAGGCCGCUCCACAUCGGAGGAUAUAAGCCUAACUGCUUAUAAGGAAAAUGGAUCUUCAUCGACUUUACAGAUGGUUCUCAGAAGAAAUUCUGUCCCAUAAUGCUCAUUCUUAAAGGGGUACUCCGGUGAAAAGCUUUUUUCUUUUAAAUCAACUAGU